GGCGCGGGGACGCAUGGAUUCGCGUCUGUCAGGGCUGCUUGGGGCCGGAGCGGCAGCGGCGCGCCGAGCGGUCAGGUUUCCAAAACCGGAGGUGAAUUUCCCCAGCAUCAGUGACCGAGGCAGCUUUCAAGCUUGGGAUGGAGCUGGCGAGCAGGCAGGAUCCUUAUUUGCAAGUGGUUGUGCACACUGCAAUGUGCUGCAGAGCUGUGACACUCCUGCUGCAGGCUGUGUUCGACCUGCUGAUCCCGGAUCAUGCAGCGGAUGCCUUCUCCCCGCCUCGUCUGCCCGAGCCUGGCACGUACGACCUGCUGCUGGAGCGGCUGCUGGGGGGCCUGGCGCACUGGGAUGCAGAGCACUUCCUCUUCAUUGCAGAGCGGGGUUACCUGUAUGAGCACAACUGCGCCUUCUUCCCGCUUUACCCUCUGAGCUUGCGAGCUGUGGCUGAUGGUGCUCUGUGGCCCCUGCGGCAGCUGCUGCGUUUGCGGAGCCGCCUGCUGCUGUCGGCCGUCCUCCUUAAUUCUCUCUUUUCUGUGCUGGCAGCCGCUGCCCUGUACAAGCUGGGCUGUGCUGUGCUGAGGUGCCGCAGGACAGCCUUCCUCGCUGCCCUUCUCUUUUGUAUCAGCCCUGCCAAUGUGUUCAUGGCGGCUGCUUACUCGGAGAGCAUGUUUGCCUUCCUGGCCUUCAGUGCCAUGUGGCAACUGGAGAAGGGGCAGAGCUGGCUCAGCACGCUGCUCUUCUCCCUUGCCACUGGCGUGCGUGCCAAUGGGCUUGUGAAUGCUGGUUUCUUUCUCUACUCCCGCAGUAAAUCCUUUGCCCUCCAGCUCCAGGUGGGCUCAGGCUCAGUAAGGAAGCUCUCUCUGUUACAGAGGCAGCUCCUCAGUGUGGCAUCUUCCAUGCUUCUGACAUGUGCUGGGAUUUGUCUGCCUUUUGCUUUAUUUCAGUAUUAUGCCUACUUGAGGUUCUGUGGCCCUGGCCUGGAGCUGGCUGUUCCUGAGCCGCUGCAGCAGCUGGCUUUGGACAAAGGCUAUCGCCUGGUGUCCCCCAAUGGGGUUAAACCCCCUUGGUGCUCCCAACGGUUCCCUGUGGUCUAUUCUUAUAUUCAAGAUGUUUACUGGAAUGUGGGCUUUCUGAGGUAUUUUGAGCUCAGACAAGUACCGAAUUUCUUGCUUGCUUUGCCUGUUGCACUUUUGGGCUCAUGGGCCACCUGGACCUUUGUUGUUGCAAACCCGCGGCACUGCCUGACCCUGGGACUAGAGAGAAGAAAGAAGAAACAAGAUGGUAAACCCAGAGCCGGGUUUUGCUGCCCUGCUGUCUUCGUGUAUGUGGUCCAUGCUACAGCCCUGCUGGCGCUGGGGUUCUUCUGCAUGCACGUUCAGGUGCUGACCCGGUUCCUCGGCUCCUCCAGCCCCAUGCUGUACUGGUUCUCCGCCCACCUGCUCCAAGGACACGAGGCCUGGCUCUGGAAGGAGGGGGCCGACGGGCAGAGCGCGGGGCGCGUCCGCGAGAGGUGCGUGCUGUGCGCAGCGCCCGGCUCCUGCGGGAAGGGCCCCGCGGGGGGACACCCCCUGCUCAGGUUGCUGCUGAGCUACCGCUCCAUGACCGCCGUCGGGCGGGGCGUCCUGGGCUACUUCGCGUCCUACUGGCUGCUGGGCCUGGUGCUGCACUGCAACUGCUUGCCUUGGACGUAGCGAGCGGCUGUGGCCGCGGGUUGGGACGGACUGCGGGGGGGCGGGAGAGGGAAUCCGAACGGAACGUUUUCUAAUGAACCGGACGUGGCCCGAGGCUGUCGUGUGCGACGAGGUGCUGCCGCUCGGCGGAGCCGACCGCGCCGACCCACGUCGGGUGCCCGAGCGCUGCCGGCAGUCCCCGCAGCUUGCCCGGACCGCGCUCGCCCCGCUCUCCCGCUGUUUCGGCGCGGCCGGCAGGGGGCGCUGCGGGCUUCUCGUGCGGCGGUGCCUCGGCCCUCCCGCUCCGUCCCGUUUUGUCCCCUUCGUCGGCCGUCUCCCGCCCCCGGCCGUACCCGCCCUCGCAGACGCCGUGGAUGCCCGCGCCUCCCGCCCGCCC